UAUCAGCCGUAUUUUCUGUACUGCAGUGACUUCCUGUUCUUCCAUCCUGGUCAUCCCGAAUGAUGGAAUAUUGUUUUACACUUUUCGGAGCUGUUUUGAUGAAUCCUCAGACUUAGACGGAGGGACGCGGUGCUGCGGGCACCGGUUACCAAACACCGUACACCGGGUGUGUGAGCCCCGGCAUGCUGCUGUCCCAGCUGCCCGACGAUGUGCUCUACUGCAUACUGUCUUAUCUGGACUACAAAUCCCUCAGUAGACUUUCUCAAGUGUGUAGAAGCAUAUACCAUUUUGUAAAUCGGGAUGCUGUGUGGAGGAACAUUGCUAAAGAGUUCUUAAACACUGGAAUAACCCGGAACGGAACGGACAUAUAUCCCCACAUCCCACUGAAGGAGAGAGUAAAAAUUGCACAGAACUGGUAUGAUGGCGUGUGUAGAAAGGCCAUUCCUCUGAAAUGGAAACUAAAACUGUUGCCGUGGUUGCAGUUAGAUGGGGAUGUUCUGUUUCUCUCUCAAGCUGCAGACAUUGGAGCUUAUCGUCUGCGUCAAGACUAUGGGAGGAUCCUUUGCCGCCCAUUUGAAAUUUAUUCAGGCCACAGUGGUGAUGUGUGUCGCUUUGUCCUAACCGAUGCUCACCUGAUCAGCAGCGGAAGCAAUGGCAAAAUUCUGGUCCACAGCAGGAGGAAGGACAUGUCGAUGGAGUUGCGAGGGCCUAACCAGGAAGUAAACUGCUUGGAUUCCAAAAAUGGACUCAUCAUCAGUGGAUCCAGAGACGAACAGCAAAGUUCUUUUGUUACAGGAACUGCAUGCUGUGAGAACUUCUCCCCUCUUCACAUCUGGGAUGUUGAAAGGUUGGAGUGUGUGUGCAGUCUGGGAACUGAGUUCCGUCGUGGAGCAGGUGUAUUGGACAUGGUAUUUGAGUCGCCCUUCCAGCUCCUCACAUGUGGUUAUGAUACCUUCAUUCGUCUUUGGGAUCUCCGCCUCAGCCCACGGAAGUGUGCGAUGGAGUGGGAGGAGCCUCAUGACAGUGCUCUGUACUGCAUCCAAACAGAUGGAAAUUACAUGAUCGCAAGUGGCUCAUCAUACUAUGGUGUGGUUCGACUCUGGGAUAAACGACAGGCUAAAUGUCUGCAGUUCUUCCAGUUGAGCUCAGAGAUGGUGAGCAGUCCAGUUUACUGCCUGCGGUUCUGCAGCUCUCACCUGUUUGCAGCCUUGGCCACAACCCUGCAUUCACUGGACUUCAGACACAGCCCCAUUCCCAUCAGAUGACACACACGCAGACUCUUUAUUCAUUCAUCUGUAAAAUAAAGCUGUUUGUUCUAUUUGCA